AUGUCGUCAGAUCUCAAGAGAGGGUCUUCAAGCAAGACUGUCUUUGUUGUAACAACCAUCACCUUCGUAUUGGCGACAGUUUUUGUCGUUGGACGGCUCAUCAGUCGUUUUGUGAUUUUGAAGAAUCGAACGGCGGAUGAUUGGUGUAUAAUUUUGGCAUGGUUUAUUGCGUUUGGUUUAUCAUUUGCGAUCGAUUUCGGAACUUCGAAAGGUUUAGGAAGACAUGAUAUCGAUAUACCUCACGACUGGCUCAAUGCCUUGCGACAGUCCGAAUAUGCAUUUACCAUACUCUAUAAUCCUGCCCUCAUGGCCACCAAGACUUCGAUUCUCAUAUUCUACCUUCGCAUGUCGCGAAACACGCAAAACAUUCUUCGAAUCGCUUCAUAUGUCACCCUGGGAAUCGUCAAUGUAGCUGGCGUUGUUCUAACGUUCAUGAACGCCUUCCAAUGCUCUCCUAUAAGGGCCGCGUAUGACCCCUUUGUGUCCGGAAACACCAAAUGCAUAUCGAUUGUCACUCUAUACUUAUGCUCUGCGCCUGUCAAUAUCAUUACCGAUCUCGCCAUUUUGGUCUUGCCCAUUCCGGUGCUAACAGGUAUGCGACUACCUCAGAGGCAGAAAACUGUUUUAGUUUUCACGUUUGCACUCGGUAUCUUCGUCACCAUCAUCGACGUUGUUCGCAUUUAUUAUCUUCAGCAAGCAGCCUCUGAUCAGAUCAAGGCAUACGAUAGAUUGGGAACCUCGGUGGAUUUUGCUUACAGCGCUGCUACAGCAUUUCUAUGGUCUGCUGUCGAAGUUAAUGUGGGCAUUAUUUGUGCUUGUAUUCCAACCAUGAAGCCAUUGAUAAAGAGAAUUCUCCCGGCGAUGAUCACAGAUCCAUUGAGAACUCGAGGAAGUAAGAGCGAUUCAUCAUCCUCUCAUAUCAACCACUCACCCCAUGAUCGAUUACCAUCUAUCGCCGAACCAAUUCCAGCUCCAGAACCAGCAUAUUCUGCAAGUCCUAUGCCGCAUAUGACGGACUUCGGUAACUCAGAGCAAGGUGCUGGAAAUGGCCAACCUCACGAGAUGGAUAUGAUGGACUUUUUGACCACGCCAGAUAUGGUACAAUCAUCCAUGACGAGAACUCACACAGCUCGAACGACAGCAACAGAUAACACGGUCUAUUUCGGAUUUGUAAACAUGAGACGUCCGAAAAGUAUGCUAAAAGCAAAGGGCUGGGAGUCAUUCAAAUACUGCACAACUGUCACGGUUCUCUUCUUUUUAUGGGGAUUUUCAUAUGGACUUCUGAACACGUUAAACAAUCAAAUUGCCCGAAUUGCUGGCCAAUCAGUUAGUCAGACGGUGGGCCUUUCUGCGGCAUACUUUGGGGCGUACUUCCUUGGUGCGAUGACCUUAGGACAAUACGUACUCAGGAACUGCGGUUUCAAAGCCACAUUCAUUUCCGGACUGUGCAUUUACGGAACUGGCACUUUGAUGUUUUGGCCAUCUGCCGUCCUUACCUCCUUUCCAGGAUUCAUCAUCUCAAAUUUCGUCGUAGGAUUUGGACUGUCUGUUUUGGAAACCGCAGCAAACCCAUUCAUCGCCCUGUGUGGACCAAGUUCAUCAUCCGAAUUUCGCCUUCUGAUGGCACAAGGUGUUCAAGGUGUUGGUAGCAUCUUGAGCCAGCUUUUGGCUGAAAAAGCUCUGUUUAAUGGCAUCGUUUCAUCUCCCAGCUUGAUCGAUGUCCAAUGGACGUAUCUUGCCAUCGCCUUGUUCGAUGUUUGUCUCGCCCUCUUGUUCUACUAUAUGCCUCUACCCGAGGCGAACGAUCAAGACCUUCAAAUGCAGUCUGAUGAUCUAGAGGUCUGGCACUACGACACUAUAUUCUCACCCAAAAUCCGUCUCAUUUAUUUCAGCAUCGGAGCAGCAGUCUUUGCUCAGUUUUGUUACGUUGCGGCACAAGAAAGCAUGUCAGUCUGGAUUGGCCAGCUUCUCAGCGAGCUGGCACCUCGUGGAAGUGCAACACUUAGUAACGACAACGUUGUACUUGUCGGUCACACUACAUUUACCGCGGGAAGAUUUCUUUUCGGUGCCCUCUGCCUGAUCAUUCGUCCACGUAUCCUUCUCUUGGUCGUUUUCGCUGGAUGUAUUAUUUUUGCAACGUUAACCAUGGCCGUCCACACCGACGCGAAUGGUAUCUCAGCGUUCGCGAUCAUGCUAUUCUUUUUCGAAGGUCCAAUCUUUCCUAUGGUUUUCGCAAUCGGCCUUCGUGGCAUGGGUAGACGUACCAAGAUCGCAGCAGCUGGCCUCACCGCCGCGGCAGCUGGUGGCUCCAUCUUCCCCUUCGUCAUGUUGGCCAUCCAGCGCCUUCAACACCAUACAACUCAAUACUCGUACUGCGUCGUCAUCGCUCUCUUCGCCGCCGGCAUCUUCUACCCAAUCUAUCUGAACAUGGCUCCCAAAGCUAGAAAUCAAGUCGAUCCAAGACCUAUGGUUGCGGGCCCGCCGAUCCAGAAGAUUGGACGCAAGCUCAGCAUCAUCGUUAAUAAACUUGGGAGCGUGGGAAAUGGAAAAGGGAGUCCCGGUCUCCCGAUCGUUGAACACCGGGAACGAUCUCGACAGAGGGAGAGUUUGGGGAGUGAGGUUGGGUCGGUGGAGUGA